GCCCACAGCAUCCGAAGCCACUCAGCUCAGAUUACUGCACUUUUUUUUCUUUCUUUUUUUAUUCGGAGGAAGCAACAGCAGGGAUUUCCUCUCUCUCCAUCGUUUCUAUGCCUGAGGUAUUGUUGCAUAUCACCUCUCCGGAGCUAAACGGGACAGUGCUAUGUGGACUUUCCCUAAAAGCAAAACUUGUGAAGUGUACUGCGUCUCCGCGCAUGGACACUCAGGCUGCUCAGCUUCACAGGGAGAUGGGGAGUUGAAGGAGCCCACCCAGUCACCGAGCCCCCCCACGAAGCCAGAAGUCCAGGCAGAGAAGAGGGCAGAGGGGGUGCAAGUUCCAUCUUUUUGCUCCUGGAGGAGAUGGAUGUUAGGCCUCCUGCCUUUCUUUCCCUUCACUGCUGCCAUUGCACUGACUCUCCACUACUUAACAUCUCCGCCUUGCUCAGUGUUCUUCCUCGGAGGCAACGUGGAGUUCCCAAACCUGAGCUUCUCCUCAGAGCUGACCGACUCCACCUCCCCCCAGUUCCGCCUGCAGGCUCAGGCUUUGAACCAUUAUUUCUCAGAGCUCUAUGAGUCCACACCCUGGAGCUCCUACUACCUGCGCUCAGGAAUUACUGCCUUCAGUGAAGGAGCAGAGGGGCUCAAUGUCUUCUAUUGGAGUAAAUUUACUGCCCCGCAUGAUGUUGCCAUGGAAAUUCAGAGGUCUGGCCCUGAGAGGCUGCAGCGCAGGCUCCCAGGCAGCAACAAGGUGCAGCGGGACAGCCGCAAUGAGCAUCGCUACUACAUGGAGCCAGAUGAUGACAUGCUCCCUCUGCUAGGUUUGGAUCCCGAUGACUUUGAGCCAGAUGAAAAAUCGGACAAAAUGAAAAAUCCAAAUAGUAUCCAGGGGGGGAAAUGGCAGCUUGGAUUCCAAGCGAUGUCCUUUGACCUCUAUGCCAAAUAUGGAAACAACCGCACUCUGAGCCUCGUUAACCCCAAGAAGCCAUACUACCAGUGGCGCCUUCGUGUGCCAUCGGGUCAUGUGGUUCGACUGGUCGUUCUCACUCUCCAGGGUGCCACACCAGGAAGCUGCACUGCCCACAAGCUCUCUGCUUAUGACUUUCUACUUCCUUUGCAGAAUAAGAUAAUUUCCAGGUGGUGUGGGCUGCCUGUUACAGGCUCAUCUCCAGUCAUGAAGCUGACAUCCUCCGGCAAUGUGAUGUUGGUCACCUUUUCCUUCAGCAGACAGAGGGAUGGAGCAGUUUUCAAAGCUUAUUUCCAGGCCAUCCCAAAAGCAAGUUGUGGAGGAUCAAUUACUUCCUGGAAUGGCUCUAUUUCUUCACCAUACUACCCGUCUUACUAUCCUCCAAAUAUUGACUGUACUUGGACACUACAAGUGCCAUUACCAGGAUACCUGAUCUCUAUCACAAUCGUGACAAUGGACAUUCAGGAUUCCCAGUCAUCUGACGGAUGCGAGAAAGACUGGCUGGACAUUGGCGGGGUGAAACUCUGUAAUCCAGUGUCAGACAGCAGCAAAAAGCGGGUGUUCUCCUCUCCUCUGUCCAUCCACUUCCAUUCUGAUGAAUCUCUGACUCACAAGGGCUUUUACUUGCUGUACCGAGCCUUCUCUCCAGAGAGCACUUGCCCUCGCCAGUUCCGCUGUGGAGAUGGCCGCUGUAUCCCUCUGAGGAAGGUCUGUGAUGGAGUAAAGGACUGCUCAGAUGGACGGGACGAGGCUAAAUGCUCAUCCUGCAGGCCAGGGGAAGUGCUGUGCGGGAACGGCCAGUGCAAACCUCAAAGCAGCCAGUGUGUCGGUCAGAGCACCUGUGCUGACAGCAGUGAGGAGGGCACCUGUGGAGGUAAAUGUUACCAUGUUUGUCCUAACAAGGUGUGUUUGCCUAAGUCAUCAGUGUGUGAUGGUAUUAUUGACUGCAAAGACCGCAGUGAUGAACUCAAUUGCACCAGAGCAUAUGUUAAAGGUUGCUCCCCAUCCUCCUACAAAUGUGCUAAUGGAAAGUGUGUCAGGAAGGUCAACCCUGAGUGUGAUGGAGUUAAAGACUGCUUUGAUGGCUCUGAUGAGCUGCGUUGUGGCUGUGGCACCAGGCCCAGAAAGCGAGCUAAGAUAGUGGGAGGUUCUGAUGCUGUGGCAGGGUCGUGGCCCUGGCAGGUCAGCCUCCAGAUGGAACGUUAUGGUCACGUCUGUGGAGCAACACUAGUUUCCAAUCGCUGGCUCAUCUCUGCAGCUCACUGCUUCCAAGAUUCGGAUGCUAUCAAAUACUCAGAUGCUCGUGCAUGGCGGGCUUACAUGGGCAUGCGUGUGAUGACCAGGGGGAACCAAGGAGCUGCCAACAGACUAAUUCGUCGGAUCCUCCUCCACCCGCAGUAUGACCAGUUCACAUCUGACUACGACAUUGCCCUUCUCGAACUCAGUGCACCUGUUUUCUUCAAUGACUUGGUGCAACCUGUGUGUGUUCCUGCAUCCUCGCACACUUUCACCACUGGGACUAACUGUUAUGUCACAGGCUGGGGGGUUCUUAUGGAGGACGGAGAACUAGCUUCUCGCUUACAAGAGGCCUCAGUGAAGAUCAUAAACAGGAACACCUGUAAUAAGCUGUAUGACGAUGCUGUUACUCCCAGAAUGCUGUGCGCUGGGAAUCUGCAGGGAGGAGUGGAUGCCUGCCAAGGUGACUCAGGAGGUCCAUUAGUGUGUCUGGAGCGAGGCAAGCGGUGGUUCUUGGCAGGGAUUGUAAGCUGGGGUGAGGGCUGCGCAAGACAGAACCGUCCUGGCGUCUACACACAGGUGGUCAAGUUCACUGACUGGAUCCAUCAGCAGACCAAAGGGCAGGUGUGACUAAACAUCAUCCUCACAUGAACAAAAUGACACAGGACAACAGUUUCAGUCCUGAAAGUCUGUCCUUGUGAAUGUUGUCAUGACUGCUCAGAGACACUUUCAGUCAGUUUACCUGAAUGUGUCCAACGCAGCAGACCAGAGAGGGGCAUUAUCCCAGCUCCAAACAAUCAGCAUCCUCACAAUCUACAAGCAACAACAGCCACAAAGUUGACAUUCACAAAAAAAAGCUCUUCCACUGAUUGUCCAAUCAACUUUGAGGUAAUGUUUGCAUUUGAUUGAAAUGCAAGAACAAAAUCACACAUAAAAGCAACAUAAAUCAUCUUAGCUUUUGGUUUUUGCAAGAUACAUGACUGUAGGCUGAGCUUUGGGUCAUUAUUUACUGGUGUUAGUAAAACAAAUUGUUGGGGAAAAAGGACUG